UGCUGCCGCCGCAGUCCAGGCGCGCCGGCGGAGCCUUUGAAAGGCGGCGGGAGGCGGGAGGCGGCCGGCGGGAUGGCGAGCCUGGGUCGCCUGCUGUGCGUGCAGGGUCUACUCUUCUUCUGGGCGGCGAGUCUUGGGCUGUGCAGACCUCACGGCUCCGCCGACAAGAAGCCCAUCAUUGGAAUAUUAAUGCAAAAAUGCCGUAGUAAGGACAUGAAAAGCCUUGGAAAAUACUAUAUUGCUGCAUCCUAUGUAAAAUAUUUGGAGUCUGCAGGUGCAAGAGUUGUACCAAUAAGGCUUGAUCUUAAGCAGAAAGAAUAUGAGAAGCUUUUCAAAUCUAUUAAUGGAGUCCUUUUCCCUGGAGGAAGUGUUAACAUUGUGCGCUCAGACUAUGCCCAUGUGGCCAAGAUCUUUUACAAGUUGGCUAUACAGAGUUUUGAUGAUGGAGGCUAUUUUCCUGUGUGGGGCACAUGCCUUGGAUUUGAAGAGCUUUCCUAUCUGGUUAGUGGAGAGUGCUUAUUAACGCUCACAGAUACUAUUUCACGUAAAUUGCCACUGAACUUCACUGAAGGUGCAUUACAGAGUAGAAUGUUCCAGAAUUUUCCUGCUGAACUGCUGUUGUCAUUAGCAAUAGAACCUCUGACUGCAAAUUUCCACAAGUGGAGUCUCUCCAUUAAGAAUUUUACAAGCAAUGAAAAAUUAAAGAAGUUUUUCAACGUGUUGACUACCAAUACAGAUGGCAAGACUGAGUUUAUUUCAACACUGGAAGGCUAUAAGUAUCCAAUAUAUGGUGUUCAGUGGCAUCCUGAGAAAGCACCUUAUGAAUGGGCAAAAUUAAAAGGCAUUUCCCAUGCACCCAAUGCUGUGAAGGUUGCAUUUUAUUUAGCAGAGUUCUUUGUUUCUGAAGCUCAGAAAAACCAUCAUCGUUUUGAUUCUCCAUCUGAAGAGAAGGAAGCACUGAUUUAUCACUAUCGUCCAAUUUAUACUGGAAGUAUUUCUUCAUUUCAGCAGUGUUACGUGUUUGAUUGAAAGUCUUUGACAUGUUAACAGAUCAACUUUAAAUAAUGCCUUGACUAAACUCUUAAAAUAACUUGCUUCUUUAGCCAAUGUUAGAAAACCAUAGAAAGUCCUUUUCUGCAAUAUAACUGCCUCUGAUUCUUCAUUCAGUUUAUAAAUAUUUAUAUAAUAUUUGAUAAUUAAACAGGGAGACAGAUAAGUAAUCAAUGUUUUUCAUGAAAAAUCCUUGUAUCUGAAGAUUAAAAAAAUUAUUGAAAAAAUAUAUUUUUUCUAAUUGAUUCUAGAGAUACUGAAGAUGUUUAUGGUUUACUUAUAAUUUACUGUGAUGACUCUCCUUUGUGUCUCAGUACUUGUGUGUUAUGUGUGUGUGUGUAGAUAAGAGUAAAUAUAGAUGCUAUCUUUUCUGUUUUAGUCUGCAAUUAAAAUACACAUUUUCUGAA